CUUACACUGUCACGGCAAUGCCAUAUCCCGACACGGAUGUUUACGAAGUACAGAAGGAAGGGUUUCAACCACAAGUGGUCCACCGAAAUAGGAUAAAAUUGUGUGUGAAGGACGACUUGCCAGAGCCGCCUCCUCCUGCUUCCCAAGAAGCAAGGCCAAUGAGAGAAUAUGUUCCAGGAGAGGGAAUCCAUCCUACAAUGGACGUUCCGCUGUUCUCCCCUCAUCAGCCUACAAUGAUCUAUGGCGUACCGUGUUCAGCUUUUGCCCAACCGUCCUUGAUCUUCUCGCCCAGCAUCAGUUGCACUCCAGUGACAGCUCCAAGUACUCCAAUGACAGAUACAAGUACUCCAGGACUCUCCUCACCAAGCCUCAUGGGUCACACCAAUCCUGCAGAAGAUAUGACUCCUCUUCCCAGCCCUCAAGUUGGUCCCUGGGGGAUUGAAGUUUCUAGAGAAUUGUAUUUUGAUGAGGUUCCUGAGAGUCAGGAAGUGGUGUUGCGUCAGUCUCAAAGAUUAUGUGAAAACACUGAUUAUUGUGGUGGCUGCAGUGACUGCAGUAUUAUCGUGGGGUUUUACUUGUUGUAUAGUGGCUGUUUGUAUCCGAAAUAAAAGGAAAGCUCAAAGAGACAAUGCUGACCUUCGGGAAAUAAUUGUCCAUAAGAUCCCAGCCAGCAAAUCUGACCAAAUUUUGGACAGAUCAAUGGAACAUGAAGCUGUCCAACCAUACAACAUGCCUAUACCUACACCAAGGCGAUCUCCGGAGAAACUCACCAAAAAACAGAGAGAAAUCCUGGAGAGUAAGGAAAGGCCGAUAACUGAUGACAUCAUAGACGCUUCCCAGAGGAUCCUCCAAACACAAUUUGCGGCAAAUGGACUGCAAUCCUGUUGGGGGGCAAUACAAGGAUUUCUACCAGCGUUUGGCCCUUCCAUCCAAGUUCAUUAUGAUGACGAUCGUUGUCACGCAUUCACAUCCUGCUUCAGAGAUGGUAACAUCUUUAUUGCUGACAGCAUUAAUAGAACACUUUCACAUGCAGGGGAGAGGCAGCUAAAGCAGAUUUACAGUUCUGUUGCUCAUGAUCCCCUAAAAGUGGUGACAUUUCUGGAUGUGGAACGGCAGCCAAACAACCUUGACUGUGGACUAUAUGCAAUAGCCAAUGCAGUUGAGCUUCUAAUUGAAACUGGAAAUCCAUCAAGUACAUAUGAUAACAGCAAAAUGAGAGCCCAUCUAGCCCUCUGUAUAGAGAGAGGGUUCUUCAGCCCCUUCCCCAAGGAAGAAAUCCUUCCCAGCGACAUGACCCGCAGGCCUGAGGAUGCUGAAGAGCCCAUCUGCACUGAGUAGGAGGAGCCUCAUUCUAGGUGGAAGCUUCAUAAGCGGAUAUUAUACAGAACCAAAAGGAUGGACUGGUUCCAGAAGGACUAUUACUUAUAGUGUAGUAGUAACUAUUAAAAAUAUGUAUCCGAUAAAAAAAUCAAAGCUUAUUC